AUGCAGCCCACUGAUGAUUUAGGCCUCUCUGAUGCUUUCAUUCUUACGUAUGAGGUGAGAGUUGAUUUCGUCGUUUCAGACAUCACUUAUUAUACGGAAUAUUCAGCACACCGACUGGAAGAAAAGGCAUCUAAGCAAGAGAGAGCACUUUGCAAAUCUAUGAGAGUCAGGGCAAGUCAGAGGAUCCGUCCAAGCAAAUCAGACCAAGCUUAUGGGAGUGUGGGCGAGACUGAGUUAAUGCCGGUCGCGGCCCUUUGGAUCAAGUGA